GUGCAUUUUAUUUGAAGCAAGUGAAAGAAAAGGAAGUGACAACGAACAUUAACGAAGGACGCAUAGACGUCACAAAAGACCUUUGUUUCUUCAUUUUAUCUGUCUCAUUUCAAAGAAAAAAAAAAGUGUUCUUCUUCUAAGUUCCAAAUCUUCAACCACUGAGAGAGAGACAACCCCUCCGACAUUUUCUCUAUUCUUCAAGCAAACUCCUCGUCUCAGAUCUCUCUAUCUCUCUAGGGUUUCCUUUUCUCUCUCUCUGCUAUUUAUGAUCACUCUCUGACGCGCUUCUCUCACCAAAUCAGGUCAUGUUUUUGACCAUGGAUGAUUCUUUCUUGUUAGAAAAUCGAGCAACUUUGAGGGCAAUGGCCGAAUUUGGGUUGAUUCUAUUUUAUUUCUACAUAUGUGAUCGGACCAACAUACUUGCAGAUUCCACCAAGAACUAUAGUCGGGAUCUUUUUAUCUUCCUCUACCUUCUUCUGAUUAUAGUUUCAGCUUUGAGUUCAUUGAAGAAACAUAAUGACACAUCAUCCUUUUCUGGGAAAAACGUACUUUACCUUAAUCGGCACCAAACAGAGGAGUGGAAAGGGUGGAUGCAGGUCCUCUUUUUAAUGUAUCAUUAUUUUGCUGCAACGGAGAUAUACAAUGCAAUACGNGUUUUCAUUGCUGCAUAUGUUUGGAUGACUGGAUUUGGCAACUUCUCCUAUUAUUAUGUCAGAAAAGAUUUUAGCCUUGCACGUUUUGCUCAGAUGAUGUGGCGGCUUAAUUUUUUUGUGGCCUUCUGCUGUAUUGUUCUUAACAAUGACUAUAUGCUCUACUAUAUAUGUCCAAUGCACACUCUCUUCACUUUGAUGGUGUAUGGAGCAUUGGGUAUAUAUAACAAGUAUAAUGAAGUUCCCUCCGUGAUAGCUGCAAAGAUUCUGGCAUGCUUUCUUGUGGUGAUAUUGAUUUGGGAAAUCCCUGGAUUCUUUGACAUAUUUUGGAGCCCAUUUGCUUUCUUUUUGGGUUAUACUGAUCCUGCAAAGCCAGAUCUCCCUCGAAUGCACGAGUGGCAUUUUAGAUCUGGGCUUGAUCGCUACAUCUGGAUAAUUGGAAUGAUUUAUGCAUACUUUCACCCAAAUGUUGAGAAAUGGAUGGAAAAAUUGGAAGAGAGUGAAACCAAGAGGAGAGUUACGAUCAAAACUGGCAUUGUUUCUGCUGCACUAUUUGUGGGGUACUUGUGGUAUGAAUACAUAUACAAGCUGGACAAGGUCUCNUACAACAAACUCCACCCUUACACCUCAUGGAUUCCAAUUACUGUAUACAUUUGCUUGAGGAAUUUCAGUCAGCGGCUUCGUAACUUCUCUUUGACCCUCUUUGCAUGGCUUGGCAAGGUUACUUUGGAAAUUUAAAUCUGUUCCAGUUAAUUUCUUUU